UGGGCUUGGCCAGGCAUUGCUGCACUGAGUCCCCCUGGUUGACGGCAUCGGGCUGAGAAUGCUGCUCACAGGCCCUCCUACCAGGCACUCUCCCGUUGAGCCAGCUUACUAAGUUCCUUGGCCAUCUCCUUGGUCAGCAGAAGUCUCCCAUCCCGGGCUGAACCACGAAGGGCACCUGCCCCAGCCUGCCUAUCUGUGACCUUUGUCGUUGCCUGGACCCUCCUACCUCUCCUAACUGUUGCUGGCCCUGCUCCUCACCUGCUUACACCUCGACUAGUCAUGGGGCCCCUCUGCCUUGUGGUUGGGCUGUUGCUAGCCGCUGUGCCAGGGCUAUGUCAGGGAGAUGAGGCCAUCCACUGCCCACCUUGUUCAGAAGAGAAGCUGGCACGCUGCCAGCCCCCAACGGGCUGUGAGGAGCUGGUCCGGGAGCCUGGCUGUGGCUGCUGCGCCACCUGUGCCCUGAGUAAGGGGAUGCCCUGCGGCGUGUACACUGCCCGCUGUGGUUCAGGCCUGCGCUGCUACCCACCUCGAGGGGUGGAGAAGCCCCUGCACACGCUGAUGCAUGGACAAGGGGUAUGCAUGGAGCUGGCAGAGAUUGAGGCGAUGCAAGAGAGUCUGCAGACCACGGACAAGGAGGAGAGUGAGCACCCCAACAACAGCUUCAGUCCCUGCAGCAGCCAUGACCGCAAAUGCUUACAGAAGCACUUAGCCAAAAUCCGGGGCAUGAACAGCAACAGCAAGAUGAAGAGCGUGGGGAACAUAGCCCACCGGGAAGACAGUCGGCCCAUGACUCAGGGGUCCUGCCAGAGUGAACUACAUCGGGCUCUGGAGAGGCUGGCGGCAUCUCAGGGUCGUACCCAUGAGGACCUGUACAUGAUCCCCAUCCCCAACUGUGACCGCAAUGGCAACUUCCACCCCAAGCAGUGCCACCCAGCCCUGGAUGGGCAGCGGGGGAAGUGCUGGUGUGUGGACCGGAAGACAGGGGUGAGGCUCUCUGGAGGGCUGGAGCUGAGAGGAGAGCUGGACUGCCACCAGGCAUCAGAUGGCCUCCGGGAUUGAGCUGUUUGAGGCCCACAGGCAGGGGUUCCCCAAAUACCACCCCCUCACCCCAAGAGACCAAGGAACCCACCGAGUCUGUGUUUGAAUUGCGGGAGGGUGGAGGCAGGACAGAGAGCCCUUCCUUCCUCCUCCCCGGCCUGGCCUUAAUUUCUAAUCCAGAUUUCUCCCCUUGGUGUGAGUGUGCCCCUUGAGAAGUCCUCCUUUGGGCUCCGGUAGCCCAAGAUCAGGGAGUAUGUAGACUCCCAUGGCUAUAUCCCCAAACUGAGCUUGAAUUCUGGCCUUCAGCCUCCUGGGGAUGUUUGCUCUUCACCCUCUUAGUCUGGGGAAUGGGUAUCAGAGAAGGGCUGGCCUGCAGAAGAGAAUUCUCAGUCUAGAAAGAAUAGCAUAGAGGCAACUCAGUGUAGUGAUUACAGAGCUGACCUCAGAGCCAGGAGGACCUGGCUCUAAGUUCUCUCUGACACUGACUGGCUAUGUGACCCUCAGCAAGUCAAUUAACCUCUUGAUUCUCUCAGACUUUAAGUUUCAGAGAAGCUGUCAACUUGCAUUAGUAAAGAGGAUUUCCUCUCCUGGAAACUCCUAUACCAGUGCCAUUGCAGAUCCAGUCCCUGUCCUAGAGAAAGUAAUAGAAGGCAAAUACUUGGUGCAAAUCUUCUAGCCACUUUGGGCCCUAGGGUAGGUAGGGAGUUUGGAGGUGGUUCCAAUACAGCUUUUGUGAGUUGAGGGUGUGGAUGGGGAAAGAGAAUUGUUAGAUUCAGCUAACAACGGACACCCCUCUCCUGCCCCAGCUCUUCUCAAUCAAGUCAACAAGUAGAUUUUUUUUUUGCUUUUUUCUCCCUUUUGCGGAAGACUCUCUUCCCCCUUUUCCUCCCCCAUCAACUCCUAGCUUCAGGGACAGUGUCAAGUCCGAGUCCACUUGGGUCACCCUUAGUUGCACCACAAGUACAGACACACAUUCAUUGGCUUACUGCAAGGUCGGGCCCUGUGUUGCCUCCUAUAGCCCAUGCAAAGAGGGGAGUGUAUUUGGCAGGUCAUGCUUAGCUAGGACAACUCAUUCACACUGGGUCGGGUGGUUCUCUGGGUUAAGGGGAAAGGGGGUGGAGGCAGGAGGGAAGCAGGCUUGAGGAGGGACUAGAGAGGAAGGAAUGAGAAGCCAAGAUUUCAGGGACAACUGGGCAUGCUUAAGGAAGUGAACAAUACAGAGUUUUGGAAGAGUAAGGGAAGUUCCAUUCAGAGCUAGAGUUAGGGAAGAGGAAGGGAUGUACUCUAGCAGUCCUGAAUUUUGGUCUCUUCCCAACUUCCCAUCCCACCCCUGGCUUCAGCAGGCCUCUCUCGCCAUCCUGGCCCAGCCUCCCUGAUCUCCCCCCUUGCCCUAUGCAGGGCCUCCCUCCUGAUGGCCCAGCCUAGCCAAGCUUCUCCCUGUCACUUCCGUGGGACACACUGCUCUGGGGACAUGUCAGCUCUCUUCCAGCAGACGGCAGGUCACCAAACCACAUUUUGCAUAGUGGACCUACCAAAUCAGCAAUUAGUGACAUUUGGUUGUUGUUAUUGUGUGUAUGUGUUUUUUUAAACAAAACAAAACUGAAAAA